UAUAACUCUAUAACACAUAUACAGACAGAUCACAAACCCAUAACAAUUAGCAGAACAGAAUAUAUUAUUUGGCCGGCAAUGAUGACCAUUAAUUUCCUCCUAAUCUUCUUCUUCUCCAUAUCCGCCAUGCCCAUUAUUCAACCACAAGCAGCCAACAUCUCACCUGGGUCUUCCCUUUACGCCUCUAAUCCAACCCUCAAUUGGUCCUCUCCUUCAAACACCUUCUCCGUCGGCUUCUCCCAGCUCGGCCCCACCUCCUAUGUCGCCGCCAUCUCUUACUCUGGGGGACUCCCCAUUUGGACCGCCGGCACAGUUGAUCUCGGCGGAGCCCUCCGAUUUAUUUCCAAUGGUAAUCUCAGACUCGUCAAUGGCUCUGGCGCCACUGUUUGGGAGUCCAGUACCGGAGGCCUUGGCGUCUCCUACGCCUCAAUCGACGACUCCGGCAACCUCGUUCUCGUUAGAAACGACAGCGUCCCUGUUUGGUCUUCCUUCCAGUACCCGACUGACACUAUUGUGCCGUCUCAGAACUUCACCGUCAAUCACACUCUGAAAUCGGGUCAGUACUCUUUUCGGCUACUAAGCUCGGGUAACCUCUCACUUCGCUGGAACAAUACAGUUCUUUACUGGAAUCAAGGAUUGAAUUCUUCAGUCAGGUCGAAUUUAACUUCCCCGACUUUGGAAUUGCAACCCAAUGGAAUUCUCUCCCUCUUUGACUUAACAUCAACAAACAAGUACAAUUUCGCUUUCAGUAGUGACUACGGCGAAGGUAGCAGUAGCAUGUUGAGAUUCUUGAAGCUAGAUAAUGAUGGGAAUUUAAGGAUUUAUAGCUCUGCUAGUGGUAGUGGCAUCAAAACAGUGAGAUGGUCAGCUGUCGUUGAUCAGUGUAGAGUUUUUGGGUUCUGUGGGAACAUGGGUGUGUGUAGUUACAAUUCGUCGAGCCCGAUUUGUGGGUGUCCGAGUGAGAAUUUUGAACCUAUUGAUCCCAAAGAUAGCAAAAAAGGUUGCAAGAGGAAGGUGGGAAUUGAGGAUUGUUCAGGGAGUGCUACAAUGCUGAAUUUGGAGCAUGCUGAAUUCUUGACCUUUCCACCUGACCGACCUUCACAGGUGUUCACUUUGGGGAUCUCGGCUUGUAGUUCGAAUUGCUUGGGGAGUGCCAGUUGUGAUGCUUCAACUUCAUUGUCUGAUGGAAGUGGAGUAUGUUACAUGAAGACCCCUGGUUUUGUAAGUGGAUACAAGAGCGCUGCACUUCCUAGUACUUCCUAUGUGAAGGUUUGUUCCCCGGCUCAACCAUACCCUGCGCUUAAUGUCGAGGCAGUGGGGGAGAGGAAAUGUUGGAGGCGGCCUUUCGGGAUUCUCAGUGUGGUCAUGCUAUUGGUUUUGAUUGCCUUGGCGGGUGGUUUGUUUUGGCGGUGUUGGAGAAAUCGGACUGACAUUGGGGGAUUGUCUGCUCAAUAUGAGCUUCUUGAGUAUGCCUCUGGCGCGCCAGUGAGGUUCUCUUAUAAGGAGCUGAAGCAGUCCACAAAGGGAUUCAACGAGAAGCUUGGAGCUGGAGGGUUUGGAGCUGUUUAUAAAGGGGUUCUUGCAAAUAGAAGUGUUGUUGCUGUGAAGCAACUUGAAGGGAUUGAGCAAGGUGAGAGACAGUUUAGGAUUGAGGUUGCAACCAUAAGUAGCACACACCAUUUAAAUUUGGUGAGAUUGAUUGGUUUUUGCGUGGAGGGUCGUUACAGGCUUUUAGUAUAUGAAUUCAUGAAAAAUGGGUCUCUAGAUAGCUUCCUAUUUACGACAGAAGAGCAGUCGGGAAAAUUACUGAACUGGGAGUAUAGGUUUAAAGUUGCCCUUGGUACUGCUAGGGGAAUCACUUAUCUGCAUGAAGAGUGUCGAGACUGCAUUGUUCACUGUGAUAUUAAGCCAGAAAACAUUCUGUUGGAUGAGAAUUACAAUGCCAAAGUAUCAGAUUUCGGUCUUGCUAAGCUCCUAAAUCCAAAAGAUCAUAGGCAUGGCUUAACGAGUGUGAGAGGGACCAGAGGGUACUUGGCACCUGAAUGGCUUGCAAAUCUACCAAUAACUUCUAAAUCUGAUGUUUAUAGCUAUGGAAUGGUUUUAUUAGAGAUAGUUAGUGGGAGAAGAAAUUUCGAAGUGUCAACAGAAACAAACGGGAAAAAGUUCUCUGUCUGGGCUUAUGAGAACUUUGAGAAGGGUAAUGUGCUGAGUAUUAUUGACAGAAGGCUAGCUGAUCAAGACAUGGAUAUGCAGCAAGUGAUGAGGGUUGUUCAGGUAAGCUUUUGGUGCAUCCAGGAGCAACCAUCUCAGAGGCCAAUGAUGGGGAAGGUAGUGCAGAUGCUAGAGGGAAUUACUGAGGUGGAAACACCACCAGCUCCAUCUCUUUUUAGUCAAGGGUUUAUGACUGGAAAUAGUGUCGGUGCGAGCAGCGAUUUUAGUACACCCUCCAUGACCAUCACUUCCUUCCCACCUAUGUCUUCCCAUUCAGCAUUAGAAAAUGCAGGAGGUUUGCAUAAUGCUCCAGAGACGAAUUUAGAGAGGGCAUCUUCAUCACUACUAAGAUCUGAUCCCUAGUUUUCUUAUUUGUGCUGUCCAAAACCAAUGCAGAUUACAAGAGGAGCUAAUGGUUUGGAAUUGGAUGAGACCAAAGUUGAGCAGUAAAUAUUUUGUAGUGUAGAAAAUUUCCAAAUAAUCUCCAUUUAAUUGUAGUGUGAUCAAUCUAUUUAUUGUAAAGUUUCAGAAGAUGUAGGUAUUAAUACAA